CUCCGCUGUCGCCGCAGGGUCGGCGCGGUGCCGGUGACGCUCGGAGCCGCCGCGCUCACGGCCGCGCUGCUGCUCUUCCCCCGGGAAGGCGAGACUCCGGCCCCGGUCGGCGCUGAGGAGAUCGUGGACACCUUCUUGAUUGGCCGAUUCAUCCUCCUGGCUGUGAUGAGCCUGGUCUUCCUCGGGUGCCUGUUCCUGAUCCUGAUUUACCACCUCAUGGAGCCUCUGUAUGCCAAACCGGUCCCCAGCAGCUAGAACAGCAAUCUCUGCAAGGAGGAAAUCCUAAUUUCAUGGGGAUAAACCAGGAAGAGAGACCAGGAGAUGGUUCUGGACAUGAUCACGACGUUUUUCCUGAGCUCAGAAAGAGCUGGCAAAGCAAAUGAAGUGUUGCUUGCACCCAGCGCUACAUUUUGCAUCCUAAAAAGCAAAGUUUGGUCUGAGCACAAACCCCUUCCUCCUCAAGGGGUUCGAACUUCUGCACCUGCAAAGGUGUGUGAACCUCUGARUCCUGUUUUUUACAGGACAGCUGAGAUCCAGGCACUUGGUGCUGCCCCUGAUUCAGGGAAUUGAACUGAACCGAGAUGGUUUGUUAUUGUAUGGUUUGUUACUUCUCCUUUUUCACUAUGGUUUAA